UUCGACAAAUCAAUGAAUAAUAAUGACAAUAAAAUUGUAUCUAGUGGCAGAUGCUAAGGAAAGGCUCUCAAGUCUACAUAAUGAGUUGAAGCGCUAGAAUCUGAAACUUUUGGCAGCCCAACUCAAGACUCUAAAGACUCGUCUUAGCACUUACUAGGAGCUAAGCAUCGAGCAUGCAUCUUGAUCUGGUUACGUCUAUGUCUGCGUACAUAAUGUUUCAGGAUGGUCGAAUGUACCCGCCAUAUCUCAUCACUGGCUCGUCACUACCGAGCUCUUCUAAGGUCCGCCGCGCGCCACCCAGAUUUGGGCGUGGGCCAGAAGCUCCACGCCACAGCCAUAACCAGCGGUCUGCUGGCUUUAUCUGCCCCAAACUCAUUCCUCCGCAACACCGUCCUCCAUUUGUACGCUGCCUGCUGUAAUUCUUACUUUGCGCGCAAGGUAUUCGACGAAAUUCCCCGCUCGCAUAAAGACACAGUUGAUUGGACUACCCUAAUGACCUGUUAUACUCGAGAUGGACUGCCUCGCGAAACCCUCAAUUUGUUCAUCACUAUGAGAAGUAUUGGAGUUCCAGUUGACGAAAUUACGCUGGUCUCUUUCUUCUGUGCUUGUGCGAAAUUGGGUGAUGAAUGGUUGGGGUAUCAAGGUUAUGUUUGCCUGGUCAAGAUGGGUUUCUGUUAUAAUAGUAUGAAGGCUUGCAAUGCGGCUAUGAGUAUGUAUGCAAAAUGUGGAUUAAUGCGUGAAGCGAGGCGGGUUUUCGAUGAGAUGAGUGAAAGGAGUGCUGUUUCUUGGACGGUUCUUUUGGAUGCUGUGAUCAAAUGGGAAUGCCUGGAAAGUGGGAGGAGAGUCUUUGAUGAGAUGCCAGAGAGAAAUGAGAUUGCUUGGACGAAAAUGAUCACGGGGUAUGUUGAGAAUGGGUGUGCUGGGGAGGCUUUUAAAAUGCUCAAGGAGAUGCUCUUUGAUCAUGGGCUAGAUUUGAACUUUGUUACACUCUGUUCAUUGUUAUCGGCUUGUACCCGAUCGGGGGAUGUUAUGAUGGGCAGGUGGUUGCAUCUCCAUUCAGUUAAAAUGAUGGGAAUUCAAAUGGAUGUUAUGGUCGCUACAUCUUUGAUUGACAUGUAUGCUAAAUGUGGCGGGAUAGCUGCGGCUUGUAGAGUAUUCAAGGCAAUGCAUCAUAGGAAUGUGGCCAUGUGGAACGCUAUGCUAAACGGUCUUGCAGUGCAUGGAAAGGGUAGCGUUGUUUUAGAUAUGUUUGAUCAGAUGGUAAUGGAGGUCAAUCCUGAUGAUGUGACUUUCACAGUUCUCUUAAAUGCUUGCAGUCACUCAGGUUUAGUUGAUCAAGGUCGAGUUUUUUUCUCAAACCUUGAAUGUAGGUAUGGGAUAAAGCCUUCAAUGGAGCACUAUGCUUGUAUGGUGGAUCUUUUGGGUCGGGCUGGACAUCUGGAAGAAGCUGAGACCAUAAUAAUGGGAAUGCCAAUGCAGCCUAAUGAGUUUGUAUUGGGAUCUCUUUUAGGUUCCUGUAUUGUCCAUAGAAAGCUAGAGUUAGGGGAAAGAGUUAUGCAAGAGCUACUUCAAAUUUAUCCGCAAAACGUGGAAUAUCAUGUUUUGCUUUCUAACAUGUAUGCCUCAGUAGGUAAGCCUGAGAAGGCUGACUCUUUCAGAGGGGUUCUUAAAAUGAGGGGCAUUAGAAGGGUGCCAGGAAUGAGUUCUGUUCAUUUUGGUGGCAAAAUUGGACGGUCUACAGCAGGGGAAAAAUCUUACCCACCGAUCAGGAGUAUACCUCGUGUUGGAGGAAUUGAAGACGUAAAAUUUAGUAAUACUUCUUAUCAAGCUUAAAUUGUGCAGAUAUAUUCUGUAUGGAUAUGAAGGAGCCACACAGACGCAGAAUGGCAGAAGGGCCGGAAGAGUUUACAAGAACUGUAUCAACUCUAAGCAGAAAGGAUAACAUACUGCAUUCGACAAUGCCUUGCUACUGUUGAGUUUAGAUGAACUGGGACAUUGAGCUUCACUAUAAAUAGCAAAGGGUUAGCUUCUGGUUUGGAUUUUUGUGAUCAUAUUUUCAUGAAUGAAAUGUGGUGGGACUGCCGGAGGAAACCUCGGACAAUCGAAAUAUACUGGUAUUCGAAGUCAUCAAGGGGACAAAAAAGUAUUGUUACAAAUCCACUAAAAUAAGGAUCGCAUCAUUCUUUUAAGGGACGAAAUUGAUGCAGUUAACUGGUAGGGAUAUCACGAUUGUUUAUUUGAUGAAAAACAAUAUGGUUCGAAAUAUAGCCGAUCUAUACCUGGAUUCACGGU